AGCAUAUGCAAAAAAUGUAUGAAAAUGGAAGUAGAAGUGUCAUUAUAGAGAGCAGCAAUGGAUAUUCCUUGAGUGGAGUUCAGACAAAAAAAUGCAUUCUGAUCAGUGGUAUCAUACUGGGCUUUCCUGGAUUCGAGAAUAUCCUCCUUGAAUUUGUUUCAAAACCUCAUCUCUCCCCCCAAGAUAAAGUUUCAAUAUUCAAUAGAAACAUGGAAGAAUCGUUAAGCUCGUUGAAAUUGAAUGAUAGUGAGCAUUAUUUGAAAGUAGAUUCUAUUAUAUUCUCCGACAUAGUAUACCAAACGUUGAAAGAAAAUUCAUUUGAUCGGUUCUUCGAUAUCAGGACUGUAGAGAAAGACUUGAAUGAUGACGCUGGUCUACUGUUCAUGAUGUGCUCGACGUUCGUCGUAUUAAAAGAGAGACACAAUACCGAAAACAAACGGAGUGGUAGAGUUUCAAGUUCUGUAAAUGAUUUUCUUAGGAGUACCUCAAACACCCAACUACACCAAGGGAUGGACGUUGUAGUGGAGUAUUCGCCUUUUGUCGCUUCGUCUUUACUCAAUUCAUGGUCGACUGGUAUCAUAAGUCAGGUUUAUGGAGAGGAUAGUUGCAUAUUUGUUACCGAUGUACAUCUAACAACACAAGGAUCAACAGGAGCACCUGUCUACAGGUUUGUUAAUCAAAGUUUAAUUCUUCUUUUGAUUCUUACAGUUAUUCUUAAGUAGCUUGAACAGAUAUUU